AUGUUCCCAUGGAUGUGGAAUUGUUAUAAACAAAGAGUCUGUACAGAUCCAGGAAAUGUUAACUUGUGGAGAUGCAGCAUAUUUGAUUCUUCCAAUGUUAAUUUAAAAAGACUAGAACACAUUUUCAACGAAGAAAAACGCCGUUCAACUUCCCUCGGUCAAAAGCCUUCACUAACUUUUGCAGUUUUUCGAUUUAUUCGUUUUCGUCUAUUUUUGGCUUGUGCUGUUUUUCUUUUUUGUUUGGUGUUUGGAUUUAUUGGGCCGACUUGUCUAGUUAGAGGUUUAAUUGCUUUUGUUGAAAAACCUCCAAGAUUGUUGGAUGGAUCGAUUAAUUAUAGUACUGGAGUUUACUUUGCUUUGGCUAUUUUUGUGGUUGAAAUUCUUCGAGUUCUAGCCUACAGCGCAACAUGGGCAAUAAGUUACAGAACAGCAAUAAGGACAAGAGGUGCUGUUUUGGCACUACUCUACAGAACGUUGUUAGGUGCUAAAUCGAUGAAAGUUAAAUCUUCUGCUGAGGUAAUCAAUAUCUUCGCUAAUGAAGGCCAACGAAUUUUUGAUGCAGUAACUUUUGCUCCUCUAGUAAUUAUUGGCCCUUUUGUUUUAAUUGGUGGAUUAAUUUAUUUAUUGCGAGUAAUUGGGCCUCUUUCGCUUUUGGGUGUUGGAGUAUUUUUUGUUUUUGAUAUUAUACAGGCAAUUCUUGGCAUAAUGCUAUUAAAAUACCGCAAACUUACAAUUGAACAAACAGAAAAAAGGAUGGGAUUAAUUGGAGAAAUUUUAACGUGUAUUAAAUGUAUAAAAUUAAAUGCUUGGGAAAUGCUGUUUUAUCGACGUGUUUGUGAAAUUCGAGACAAAGAAAAACAUUAUUUACGUAUUGCUGGUUAUACCCAAAGUUUAAUGAUUGCUUCUGGUGCUAUUGUUCCUGCUGUGGCCACUAUAGUGAUGGUUUUGUCAAUUGUUUUGUCUGGUUCCGAUCUUAAAGCUAGCGAUGCAUUUAGUGCUAUAACUGUUUUUGUUGUUAUGCUUUUUGGAAUUCGAAUGAUACCCUAUGGAACACGUUAUAUUACUGAAGCUUUCCAGUCGUUAAAUAAGAUAAAUUCUCUUCUUUUACUUGAACAAUAUGAUUCUGAAAUACUUGCUCCUAAACAUCCUAUGGCUAUUCAAAUGACUAAUUGUACGUUUAUAUGGGAUAUUGCUGAAGAUCCUAAGGAUGCUGGAAAACCACAAAAAGGAAGAAAAAAACGUAAGAUGGCAAAAAAAGAUACUGUUAAUAAUGAUGUUAAUGGAAAUUUACCAAUGAUGGAUGAUGAUGAUGAUGAAAAACAUGAAGGCGAGGAAGAAGAAGUGUUUACAAUUGCUGUAAUUAAAAAUGAUCAAGGAGGAAACCGAGGAAAUGUUAAAAAACAAUUUUGUUUGAAAAUUGAUGAAUUUGUUGUUAAUAAGGGUGAAUUGAUUGGAAUUUGUGGUGUUGUUGGUGCUGGAAAAAGUGCUUUAAUUAAUGCUAUUACUGGACAUAUGUCCAGUAUUGGUUAUAGCUCAAUCAAUGUUGCUGCCCCAGUUGCUCUAUGUUCCCAAAAUCCUUCAAUUCUUCCAACAACAAUUCGUGAAAAUAUUAUUUUUGGUGGUGGUGGACAUUCUACACAAAUGAAUAGUCAACGGUAUUACAAAGCUAUAAGUUGUGCACAGCUACAAAAAGAUUUGGAAUUGUUCCCGGAAAAUGAACUUUCUAAGGUAACAUCCUGUAAACUUUCUGGUGGUCAACGUUCUAGAAUAGCUUUGGCACGUGCCUUUUAUUCAAAUAGAGAUAUUUAUUUAUUCGAUGAAGUCUUCUCUUCUAUCGACAAAAAUGUUGCUGAAAAAAUUUUUAAUUUUGGAAUAAAAGAAUUUAUGGCAACAAAAACACGUUUACUUGUAACUGAUAAUUCUGAGUUUCUUUCUCAAUGUGAUCGUGUCUUUCUAAUGGAUUCUGGACAAAUUCGUGAAAUUGAUUUUAAAAAGGACGGAUCUGAAGCUAUUCAUAGUGCAUUCAAUAAAUCUUCGAAUAAUGACGGUUUUUGUUUUAAUUGAAACUACGGCUGGGCUAAUUUCGCGUUUCGGAUAUUUCACAUUUUUCAGCGCGAAAAGAAUCACAUUCCGCGUUUCCUUUUUUAUUUUUAGAUUUUGCCCAGCUCUGGUUCAGACCUUUUUAUAAGAUAGAUCCUAUACUAGACACCAAUGGGUGUCCAUAAAGCCAGGAUUAAUUUUUUACGCAACUCCUCUAUGGGGUGUGGAGGGAGUUACACAGCUAGAAGGCGUCAACUUUUUUCGUAUUUUUUAAAUUGAAAUUUGUAGCUAUUCAAACGAAUAUAUUACAAAAAGAAACAAGCCUAGCAGCUUCGAUUAAGCGUUUCAAAAUUGAUAAGGAAGAGAAUAAAGAAGCUGAUGAGGAUGAAGAAAAAGAAGAAGCUUUGGGUCUUAAGCCAAUUUCUAAAGAUGAAUAUAUGUUUGUUUU